CAGGCCAGGAAAAUUAUCCAGUGCCUGACUUCACGAGGUGAGGAGGGGACUGCCUCUGAGGACAGAAGGGACGGCGCCGCAGAAGACCUGGAAGAAGUCAUCGCCCUGGCCUUCGUAAGGGAGAACUCCCGGAGGGGGCUGCAGAGCAUCCAGGCGCAGGGCAGGAAGAGGAGGAGGAAAAAGAGGUUAGCAUCUCGGGGCAGGAGUGGGGUCCAGUGGGUUAGCACAGGAAGGUCCUGGGUGCGUGGCUUGGCUGACAAGUAGAGGGCAGAGGACAAACGGGGUUACACUACUUCUUUCCUGACACAGGGUCUCCCUGUGCUGGUCAGGCUGGCCUCGAACACAUAAUGAGCCUCCUGCCUCAGCCUCUGGAGUACUGCAGGACGGGCAUGUGCCACCACACCCAGCCUAGAAUGCCUUUUUAAAAAUAAGUGUAGGAGCCUGGCGUGGUGGCACACACCUGUCAUCACAGCACUGGGGAGGCUGAGGCUCACUAUGAGUUCCAGGCCAGCCUGGGCUACCAUAGUGAGGAGAGAUACAUGAGUAUUUGGGCCAAAAUGAUUUUUAAUUCCUGUCCCCAGUGGACCCGUGCAAUAGAAGGACAGAGGUGAUGACCGAUGACCAGCUGCCGCUGCAAAUCUGCAUCCCGCACCUCUGGCAGAGCAGCAUCUCUGCCUGGCUCUGGUUUCCACCGUUCUGUGCCCUGCUGGGUCCCUGUCCCCAGCGAGGGAUGGGUCAGGCCCACUCUUAGGGGCCUUCUGGGAGCCGGUGCAUGUGUUGCUGUCCGGCUGCUUCCCUUUUCUCUUUUCCAGAUGAUUGGUGAUCAAUCUGUCCAACUGCCGGUACGAGAGCGGUGAGCACCUGCCUUCGAGGGGCCCAGGAUGGGGACCCGCUGUUACCCCAGGGAUGGGAAGGGUCCUCGGGUGUAUCCUUGGGGAUGAACCCUCCUCCAUGGUUUUCCUGACCUAUGAGCUGCUGACAGAGGCUGACAAUCUCUCGGAAAUCACAGGUUUUGCCAACAAUGAUGUGUACGUCAGUUCCCAGAAAUUCCCUUUUUGUUUGUUUGUUUGAGACAGGGCCUCGCUACGUAGUUCAGGCUGGCCUUGGAUUCCCAGCAACCCUCCUGCCUCAGCCUCCUGAGUGCUGGGAUUACCUGUGUGUGGCACUGUGCUUGGCCCCACCGUCUAUGAUUCUCAUUUGUAAUUUGAGGGUCAGAUUUUAGAGCACAAAUUACAAAACAGCAGCCCACUGACUGCAGACCUACUCUACUGGCCUCCAGACUUCAUCGUAGUGGAGUGCUUGCACUGAAGGCUCUUCUUGCCUAGGCCCUUGAAGGACUUUGGGCUUGUGUCAGAGCCAGCGGCUGGCUGGUAACACUAAUGGGAGAGCUGAGAUGGGUGUAUUUCUGUGCUUUUGAAAUACACUGUCUAAUUUGCCAGUUCACCUCCAGACCCACGCUUGGCUCUGGCUGAUGUUAAGGAUUGGUUUAUAUUCACUGGACUUUCAGGGCUUAGUGUGGAGCAAAGUCAGCAGCCCACUUUCUGGAAAGGGGAAGCCAGGCCACGUCCAACAUUCAUGUAGACAAUCUGUGGCAGUGGGGUGCCACUUGUGCUCUUUUUUUCUUCUUUUGGUGUUUCUUUCUUUCUUUUUUUUUUUUUUUUUGAGACAGGGUCUGUCACUCUGUAGUCCAGGCCGCCCUUGAACUCACCAUAGAGCCCAGGCUGGCCUCGAACUUGCAGAGAUCCUCCUGCCUCAGCCUCCCGAGCUCUGGGGAUGACCAGUGUGCACCACCAGGCUCGGUGGCACCCGCUGUCUUCAGCAGCUUCGCCUUCCCAUGUACUGGGCCACCUGCAUCCAUCAGACAGAACAAGACAGCUCCCAUGCCCAAGGAGCUGGUUCUGUCCCUUGGGUGCUGGGGUCUGAGAGGGGAGACCCUCCCCACCCCCACGCUUCCCCCACUUCCCGUAAGGCCUGGCUUUGUCCAACCCCGGGCAGUGCGCAGGGCAGCCCAGCAGUAUGGCCUCCGGGAGGGGGGCGAGGACGACGACUGGACCCUCUACUGGACCGACUACUCCGUGUCUCUGGAGCGGGUGAUGGAAAUGAAGAGUUACCAGGUGCUGUCUGCAGGGUCCACGUGGCGCCGGCCCCAGGGGUCUCCAAUGUUAUCCUUGCCCCUCCCCCCAGCUAGUCAUGGAUUGCGGCUUCUUUCGCAGAAAAUCAAUCACUUCCCCGGGAUGAGCGAAAUCUGCCGCAAGGACCUGCUGGCCAGGAACAUGAGCCGCAUGCUGAAGCUGUUCCCCAAGGACUUCCACUUCUUCCCCAGGACCUGGUGUCUCCCAGCAGACUGGGGAGGCCUGCAGACCUACAGCAGGUCGAGGAAAAAUAAGACGUACAUUUGCAAACCGGACUCAAGCUGCCAAGGGCGAGGGAUAUUCAUCACCCGGACAGUGAAGGAAAUCAAGCCUGGGGAAGAUAUGAUCUGUCAGCUCUAUAUUUCAAAGGGUGUCCAUCACACUUGCAUUCUGGUCCUUCGGCCCGGCCUCACCGGGCUGGCCCCUGUGCUGGGACAGAGGAGAGCUGGGCCACCACCAUGGUGUGUGGAGGAGGCUUCACCUUCAGCAGAGGAAGCCAUCCUGGAAACCAGCUUCCUGGGGUCAGAGGUCACUGAGCCCUUUAUCAUCGAUGGGUUCAAGUUUGACCUGCGGGUUUAUGUGCUGGUGACUUCCUGUGACCCCCUCAGGAUUUUUGUGUACAAUGAAGGACUGGCCCGCUUUGCUACUACGUCCUACUCCCACCCCUGUGCAGACAACCUGGACAACACCUGCAUGCACCUGACUAAUUAUUCCAUUAAUAAGCACAGUUCAAACUUCAUUCAGGACGCUCACUCGGGCAGCAAGAGGAAGUUGUCAGCCUUCAAUGUCUACAUGGAGAGCCACGGCUACGACGUGCCGCAGAUCUGGAGGGCCAUCGAGGACCUCAUCAUCAAGACGCUCAUCGCCGCCCACCCGGUCAUCAAGCACAACUACCAGACCUGCUUCCCCGGCCACACGCUCAACAGCGCCUGCUUUGAGAUCCUGGGCUUCGACGUCCUGCUGGAUUGCAAGCUGAAGCCCUGGCUGCUGGAGGUCAACCACUCUCCAAGCUUCUCCACUGACACCCGGUUGGAUAGGGAGGUGAAGGACAGGCUGCUCUAUGACACCCUGGUCCUCAUCAACCUGGGAAGCUGUGACAAAAAGAAAGUCCUGGAGGAGGAGAGACAGCGGGGCCGCUUCCUGCAGCAGUGUCGUUCCCGGGAGGUCAGGAUGGAGGAAACCAAAGGAUUCCAGGCUGUGCGGUUACAGAAAACCGAGAAAUACGAGAAGGAAAAUUGUGGCGGGUUCCGGCUGAUUUACCCCAGCCCGAACCUGGAGAAGUACGAGAAGUUUUUCCAGGACAACAGCUCGCUCUUCCAGAACACUGCCGCCUCCCGGGCUCGGGAGGGGUGUGCCCGGCAGCAGAUCCAGGAGCUGAGACUGCGGCAGGAGGAGAGGAAGCCGUACCAUCCACAGGAGAAGAAGGCAGAGCUGCAGGGGGAGGCGGCCGGCGAGCAUGUGAGGGCCAAGAGCUCCAGGCCCUGGCCGCAGAGGCAGCAGCAUAAAUACAAGGCAGCCAAGCGCAGCCCCAGACAAUGCUUCCAGCCGCUGGCACUGGUGUCCUGCACGCCUACCUUGCUCUUGGGUGUCAGAGACAGAAAGAGGAGUUUAAGGGACUUCUGCCCAGAGUCCCCUGAGGAGGAUGCCAAGGCCACACCCCGAGAGGCCACGUCCGCCAGGCCCUGCAGCUCCAAGCUGGAUCUGAGGAGCCUUUGUCACGAUGGCUCCGACAUCAAGGAGACCGCGCUGGCCCCGGCCACCAGCGCAGUCACCAGCUCUACACAGCAGCAGAGCCCCCAGCAGCUCUCCACGGAGAAGUCAGCACACCCUUCGGCGCCUGUGACGCCCCAGCUCUUUAUGCAGCAUUUGACUCCAGGCUGGACCUGGCUGAAAGGCAACAAGCAGGGGCAGUGCUUGGUGUCGGAGCUGCUGACCAGCACUCAGAGGAAGAGGAAGCUGGCCCUGUUCCCUGCUCACUACAACCCAGGGCUGCUGCUGAGCGCCCGGCCACGCGAGAGCCCACGCAUGCCGGGGAGUGGCAGGAGCCUAGGAGACCUCUCUGUGCCCGGGGAGUGCCACCCUGGCAGCUGCAGUUCUACUGAGAAGAGGCAGCCGGACACAUCUCCCCGACUCCUCUUAAAGAGUCCCCAGAACCACGAGGUGUCCCUCAAGGACCUCCUGGUGGUUGCCACCCCAGCCCACCUGGACCGGAGGCCAGGCAGAAGCCAUUCCAGGGCCGUGAGGGACCUGUGUGUGCAGGAUCGGGACACCUAGAGCCACUGUCUGGUCUCUGGCCACAAAGGAUGUGACAGGAACUAGGAUCAGACUGGACUCCGCCGUGGUUUUCCCUUGCCUGCCUCUGACUCCGAGGAAGUGAUUGUUUCCCCACAGCCUCUGCAGCGUCCCCAGAACCAACUAAAAGUUUAUCGGUUCACUUAGAUCCCCUGGUCUGAUGGGUAGCUCCCCUUAGCAUCCCUGAAUGUGGUAGCCUCCCGGUUUGACGUGGGUGCUGCAGGACCAUGAGUCACCCCAGCGGGGACUCCGUGAUCCCGGCUGCUCCUCCCUGCCCCUGGGGUGGGUGGGGUGAGGGUGGGGCGCCUGCGCAUCCAGGCUUCAGCUCAGUGAUGUACACAACAGGCCGUGGCUGCAGCCCCUGGGACCUUUGCCCGCCAGCCAGCCCAGAGGCCUGUGUCCUGAACCUCUUCUGUGGGCUCCCCCUCCGGCCUGCCUCAGUCUCCCUGCAGAAGGCAGAGAGGGUGUAGAAGGGCCCGGCCUGCAGACGUAUCUCCCAGUGACCUGCAAAAGUGAUAUUCCUUCCUCUCGAGUGUACAUGAAUAAAACAAACUGCCAUGCUCAGCGCCCA